CGAACACAUGAAAGACCGGAGCCAAUGAGUGAAAGAGUCGUCGAAACAGGCUAUAAUUAAAGACACGUGCACGUGUGCCAAACUGUUAGUUGGAUUUUGUCGCCGGAACGUCUGCUCACGUGAGGAAAUGUUAUCUACCGUUCUGAUCCUUGUAGGGAUGACUGCAUGCGUCUACGGGGCGAAUUCUCUACCACGGCGACAUCUCCUUGCCAAGUUUUUAGAUUCCCUGCACCUUUCAGAGCGUGCACAACAGGAAUGGAAAUAUUGGAAUGACAAGGCAAAGCGAAAUAGUAACUCUUCCCCUUCCUGGAACCCGUUAUACCACCCUCAAACAGGAGAGACCUACACCCCUGAAAAAAGAAAUGGUGGAUCCUUUACUGGUAGACCUGAUGGACCCUUUACCAGUGGACCCUUUACCGGUGGACCUGAUGGACCCUUUACCAGUGGACCCUUUACUGGUGGACCUGAUGGACCCUUUACUAAUGGACCCUUUACUGGUGGACCCGGUGGAUCCUUAACUGGUGGACCUGAUGGACCCUUUACCAGUGGACCCUUUACUGGUGGACCUGAUGGACCCUUUACCAGUGGACCCUUUACUGGUGGACCCGGUGGAUCCUUAACUGGUGGACCUGAUGGACCCUUUACCAGUAGACCCUUUACUGGUGGACCUGAUGGACCCUUUACCAGUAGACCCUUUACUGGUGGACCUGAUGGACCCUUUACCAGUAGACCCUUUAAUGGUGGACCUGAUGGACCCUUUACUAAUGGACCCUUUACUGGUGGACCCGGUGGAUCCUUAACUGGUGGACCUGAUGGACCCUUUACCAGUGGACCCUUUACUGGUGGACCCGUUACAGGUGGACCCAUAACCAAUAGACCCUUUACUGGACCGCCGCCUUCAGUAAACCCUUCGUUGUCCCCUCCGACUGGUGAGCCGGCCACAAACUUACCAAAAGGCGAUGAGGACGGAGAACUUUCACAGCUUUUACGAGAACUUCGCCAAAUAGUGGAAGAACAGUAUAAAGAAAAUGCCAUCAGUUCAUAUAACACUGACGGUACCAAGCCAACCUAUAGCCCAAAACAUACCAAACCAACCAGUGAAGUACCUGGUGGAACCUUUACCGGUGGACCCAUUACUAAUGGACCCUUUACAGGUAGACCCAGUGGAUCCUUUACUGGUGGACCUGAUGGACCCUUUACCGGUGAACCCGGUGGAUCCUUUACUGGUGGACCUGAUGGACCCUUUACCGGUGGACCCAUUGCUAAAAGACCCUUUACAGGUGGACCCGGUGGAUCCUUUACUGGUGGACCUGAUGGACACCUUACCAGUGGAUCCUUUACCGGUGGACCUGAUGGACCCUUUACCAGUGGACCCUUUAUCGGUGGACCCAUUACAGGCGGACCCAUAACCAAUAGACCCUUUACUGGACCGCCGCCUUCAGUAAACCCUUCGUUGUCCCCUCCGACUGGUGAGCCGGUCACAAACUUACCAAAAGGCGAUGAGGACGACAGAGAACUUUCACAGCUUUUACGAGAACUUCGCCAAAUAGUGGAAGAACAGUAUAAAGAAAAUGCCAUCAGUUCAUAUAACACUGACGGUACCAAACCAACCUAUAGCCCAAAACAUACCAAACCAACCAGUGAAGUACCUGGUGGAACCUAUACUGGUGGACCCUUUACUGGUGGACCUGAUGGACCCUUUACCGGUGGACCCGGUGGAUCCUUUAGCAGUGGACCCUUUACCGGUGUACCCAUUACUAAUAGACCCUUUACAGGUGGACCUGGUGGAUCCUUUACUGGUGGACCCGGUGGAUCCUUUACUGGUGGACUCGGUGGAUCCUUUACUGGUGGACCUGAUAGACCCUUUACCAGUGGACCCUUUACCGGUGGACCCAUUACAGGUGGACCCUUUACUGGAGUACCCCCUCCAACUGAUGAGCCAGUCGCAAAUUUGAGGGAAGAGACCAACCGUAGAAAAGUGGCCGAGCUUUUAGGAAAUCUUAGUCGAAUACUAGAACGGUUUAAUAGCAAAGACAAUGAUUUUACCACUGACAGUAGCCCCACAGGAACCCCAGCAAGUACUAAAGCACCUGGGUCUGACAGUGAUGAUGAUGAUGACAGGGACAUAAGGGAUCUCGUGGAGUGCUGGAUGUAUGAUGUACUAGGCGAUUUCUUCAGAGGAUUUCCUGAUGGUCCUAUCAGAAAUAACCUUACGGUAGAUGGGAUUAAAGUCCAUUACAUUUUGACGAGGGCAGUUCGACAGUUCCAUCUUUCAGGUGGCGAGAUGGAUGAAGUCCUUAAGUCAAUGAUCAAGGGGAUCAUUGGGUCUGUGAUACUCCCUCACAAUACAUGUCCAGCCACAAAGUUCCAUCAAGUAGUCAUAUGGGCUAUGAAAUCUCAAAUGAAAUACCAUCUCACCAAUGACUCCAGAAGCUUAAAGGAACAGUUCAAAGCCAUCCUCACAAACUCCAGCUUUGACCCGAACAAGUACGAUCAAGUAGCAGGUCACGUGGUUUCAGAGCUCCAGCAACAGCUGCAGGAACGGGCCAUUAACUUCUUGAAGAGUGAGCUUUUAAGUGACUUCCUUGACCCCAUUGAAUAUAUAGUCAAAGAGAUGAUACCAAUGUUUCACGCCCCUCGAAACAAUACCCAAAUAGACGUGCUGCUCCAUGUCGUGGAACAGAAUAACCCCUGGCUGACGACGUGCAUCACUCCCAACAGAUUAAUGGAAAUGCAUCGCAACCUUGUCUACAGACUUGAUGAGUUUGUAAAAUAUGAAGAAAUUUAUGAAUUCCUGGAUAGAGCAGAAGAGACUUUGGAAGAAGAGUUCCUCAUUUCAACCGGAAGUGAACAGAGGCCUUUAGUGAAACAGCUCAUCAAUGCUUUGGAGGCUCACAUCCGGGGCUACGUGAACAGUUCACAUGUUUAUUCAGAGGCUCUACUUGGUGACAACACCGGCCGACUGACAAGUUUUCUUGCACCAAUCAUGAAACCGUCUCAACAAGCUUACUUCCAGCAGAUCAUGACAAGUCUGGGUCCUGUUAAUACUGGUACAAGUACUCCAGGUAAGUAGUCUACUGCCAGCAGAUCUUGACAAGUCUCGGUCCUGUUA